AUGUCAUCAAUUAAGUUCAAAAAAAUUGUUUCCUGUUCAAGUGAAGAUCAAAUACAUUGUGCUGAAAAUUUACUUAAAUCAAAAAAAUGGUUAUCAUCGACAGGUACCGAAGAUCGUAUAAUAUGUAUUAUUGAAUUAGAAAAACCUAGUUUAAUCAAUUCACUUGAUAUUGGUAAUAAUGGUAGUGCAUUUAUUGAAUUAUUUGUAUCGAAUUCAGAUGAUGAUGAUUGGACUAUUCUUUUACCAUCAACAAUUCUCAUGACACCAAAAGAAUCACGUUCAAAUAUAAAUUGUUUACAAAUUAAAAACUGUAAAUCAUUUCAUUUUAAUAAAACAUCUUUAAAUCAAAAAUGGACUCGAUUAAAAAUUAUUUGUGAUCAAAAAUUUAAUCAUACAAAUCAAUUUGGUUUAAAUUUUAUUAAAUUAUAUUCAGAUGAAAAUAAUCAGAUAGAAUCAGAGAAAAACUCAUCUAUUGAUGAAAUACAAAAAACAGAUAAAUCUCAAAUAAUGAAAAAUAUUGUUUUUGUUGUCAGUGGUUUUAAAAAUCCAGUAAGAACUGAAUUACGUAAGAAAGGAACAGCAAUGGGUGCUAUUUAUAAUGAUGAUUGGGAUGAAAAAUGUACACAUCUUAUUUCGGCAUUGUCAAAUACACCAAAAUCGAAUCAAGUUCAACAAACAGGAAAAGGUUUUAUUGUUAAUAAAAAAUGGAUACUUGAUUGUUAUAAACAAAAUCAAUUAUUAUCUGAAAAAUCUUAUGAAUUUAAUGAAACAAAAUCUGAAAUAUCGAACAAAACUUCGAAAAGAAAAAAGAAAGAAGAUGUAGAAGAAUCAAAUAAUACAAAAGAUGUUACAAGAAAAUCAAUAACUAAAAAUGAUGAUGAUGUUAAAACAAAUAAAUUAAGAAUUGGUGAAAUACCAGAUUUUUUUCAUGAAAAACAUUUUUAUGUAUCCUAUGGUGAUUAUGAUGAUAAUACACUUUUGGCUAUAACACGAGUUAUUCUUGCUUAUGAUGGAAUUCUCGAAAGACAAAUUACGUCAGAUGUUAAAUAUGUUAUUACAAAUCGAAUGUGGAAUCAAGAUUUCGAAAAGAUUUCAAGAUCUAAUCCAGAAAUAAAUUUUAUUAAUCUUGAUUGGUUACAAGAUUGUCAUAAUGAAAAUCAAUUUAUGCCAUUGCAAUCGUAUUUAAUUGUACCUUAA